AAACAAGCAGGAGUCGAAAAGCAACCCCGUUAGAAAGGCAGACGCCAGACAGACAGACGAGGCCACAACCUUCUGCUGCCGCCUAAAGGAUCCUGAAGGAGGUUAUUACAUAUCCUUCCUUCACCUCCUGCGCCUGUAGCUUAAGAGGAAGAGAGACACAGUAGCAGCAGGACCUGGAGUGAGUGUGGCCCCAGCAGGAGGAUGUAGGCACGGGAGGUCUUAGUAGAGAGAGAGACAAACAGACCCACACGCCCGUCCGUCCUGUGUGUGUGUGUACAGUCAGUGUGUGUACGCCUCCAUGUCCUGCCUUGAUUGUCCGUGUGUGUGUUCCCGCCCUGAUGUGCGCGUGGAUGUCCGUCUCGGUCACUCUGAGAUGGUCUACCAGCCCCUCAGUCGCAUCAAGUCGGAGAGCUUCGCCCUUGAGCUGCGUUCCCCCAGCAUGGUGUCCUUCGAGUCCAGCAGCGACAGUUAUGAGGUGUGGAGUCCCCUGGGGUCCGUGUGUGGGGGCCGCGGCACUGUCUGGCUGGCGCGGCACAAGCCCACCAACGCGCAGGUCGCCCUCAAGAUAUACGAGCUGGACAAGUGUGAGGAUGAGUUUGAGCUGAUACAGCACGAGAUCCGCACGGUAAGACAGCUGAGGCACCGCAAUGUUAUCCACUACCUCGCCUCGUUCACGGUGACGCAGCAGCUGUGGGUGGUGAUGCCCCUGCUUGGCUACACCUCCGCCUCGCGCCUGGUGGCCACGCACUUCACCGACGGCCUGCCCGAGCCUGCCCUGGCGCUGGUGAUGAAGGAGGUGCUGCUUGGACUCUCGUAUCUUCACUGUAAAAGAAUUAUUCAUAGGGCCGUGCGGGGGAGCCACAUCCUCAUCGACAACAACGGGCGCGUGGUGCUGAGCGGUCUGCGGCACAGCACCCCCAUCAGCGACACCACCCGCUACAAGAAGACCGUCCAUUGCUACCCCCUGCAGGCGCGAUUCAACCUCAACUGGACCAGCCCCGAACUACUGGCGCAGGACCUACACGGGUAUAGCGAGAACAGCGACGUGUACAGUGUUGGCAUCACUGUGUGCGAGCUGGGCAAUGGUGAGGUGCCUUACCGUGACAUUCCCUCCACACUCAUGCUGCUGGAGAAACUGGAGGACCGCGUGCCAUACCUCUUCGAUGCCUCAAACUGUGCGCAGCUGGCGGAGAAUGGCCAGGGCAUGACCACAGACUCAGGUGUCGGGGGCAGCGUCGGCGGCAACCUGACGAGCCUGGCUAUCACGCAGCGGCUCUUCACCCAGGCGGCGCACGACUUCGUCUCCCGCUCCCUGGCGCGCUACCCGGAGGAGCGACCCUCGGCGGAUGACCUGCUCAACCACCCCUUCAUCCGCCAGACCAGGAAGUUCAACCACACGCUCCCACAGUACCUACAUCCGGUGGUCCCCCUCAACCAGCAGACUGAGAUUGGUGAGGCCAUACCUGACCUGCUGGAAAGGACCCUGGAGGAGACGACCCUAAACGACGAGGUGGCAUGGGACUUCUAACACACAAACACACAAACACAUAAGCAACCGGAACAAGGAGAACAGAAGUGAUGCCUGGCGGAGCUCAAACUAUCCACUGUUUACUAUGGCUGUGGCUGUGUGUGGGGUGGGUGUGGGUGAGGCUGUGUACCCCUCUCCCUCCCUUCCUCCAUCCCUUACCCAUCCUCUCCUGCCUCCUGACCCCUUCUAGUAAGUCUCGGUCCAAGUCUGGUAGUUGGUGACGGAGGUAGUUAGUUGGGCGUUAGCGUUGCCGGGCGGUAGAAGUUGUUGGGUUAUUGCGAUUGUUUCCGUAAGAUAGAUUUUGUUUUUGUUGUGUGUUGGAAAGGCUGUGAUGGGAUGGCUGAUGAUGGAGGGGGAGAGAGAGAAGGGAGGGAAAAGGAGUAAAGGAAGGAAGGGAUGGAGAGGACUAGGUAGGCAGAGAAAAGAGAAGAAAUUGGAGAAAAGAGAAAGGAGAGAGCCCAAGAAUUUUCGAGAUAUGAAGUGGAACAAGGGGAGAAAAGAGGGAAGGAAGAGAAGUAGAUAGAGAUAGAGAUAGAGACAGAGACAGAGGAGGGAAUAGGAGUGAAGGAAGGGAGGAAGAAAGAAAGAGAAGAAAUAUGGAAGAAAAAGAAACUAGAGAGCCCAAGAGUUUUCGAGAUAUGAAGUGAAACAGGGGGAGAAAAGAGGGAAGGAAGGAAGGAAGGAAGAGAAGUAGGUAGAGACAGAGACAGAGAGAGGAGGGAACAGGAGUGAAGGAAGGGAGGAAGAGAAAAGAGAAGAAAUAUGGAGAAAAAAGAAAGGAGAGAGCCCAAGAGUUUUCGGGAUAUGAAGUGAAACAGGGUGAGAAAAGAGGGAAGGAAGAGAAAUAGGUACAGAUGAUGCUAUGGAGGGAAAAAAAAGGAAGUAAAGAACAUGAUAAUUUCUGAGCAAUAAAGUGGAACAGGAAUUACAAGGAAUGAAGGAUAAAAAAAGGAAGAUAGGAAGGAAGAUAAAAAGAGCGAAGAAGGGAAGGACAAAAGAGAAAGAUAGAAGAGAAGAAAGGAUAAGGAUAAAAGGAAGAAUAAAAUAGAAGAGUGGAACAGGAAUAGCAAGGAAUGAAUGAUAAAAGAAGGAAGAUAGAAGAGCGAAGAAGGGAAGAAAGGACAAAAGAGAAAGAUAGAAGAGAAGAAAGAAUAAAAAAGAAGAAAAAGGAAAGGAAGAAAACUGAACAGGGAUGAGGAUUGCCUAGUCAUGUCACAAAGUAGGUCAUGUCAGGUCACCCACACAAACACGGAGGUCAAAAAAAUCAUUCCUGGAGGGUGUUCUCAGGGGGGGGUCAGGGGCCAUGCACGGAGGGUCAGGUCAGGUCAGGUCAGGGUCUCACUACAGAAUGAAGUCGCUGGAGAGGAAAAGGGUGACAAAAAUGAUAUGCUAAUGAUUAAGUAAGAUUUCUUGUGUACAAACUUGUAAGUGAUGAAGAAUAUAUUGUAAAUGAAGAUGA